GCCGUCUCCGAUGUCUUGGUGAUCAUUUCCCAGUUGGCUCGGUUGUCUCGGGAAUACUAUCCAUUGUUGCGGAGCAUGAAUUUGUGCAUAGCGCUUCGAGAUUUGCUUUCUUGUGGCAAUGCCAGCGUCCGGGCGAAAGCUUUGAAUGCUGUGGGAAACAUGGUUCGUCAUUCGGAUGAAUUCUACGAGAGUAUGCUUGAGGACGGAGUGCUCAGCCGGCUGAUCGAGCUUUGUGGCGACAGUGAUUCCGCUUGCCGCAAGUUCGCCUCCUUUGCUUUGGGCAAUUCGGCGUUCCAUUCCGAUGCUCUCUACCGCGACUUAGCCCCGGCUGUACCGCGGCUACUCCGAUUGCUGCAGGAUGUCGAAGAGAAGACACGAGCAAAUGCUGCGGGAGCGCCGUGUGUCUGCAAG